GCUGGGCGGCCUGGCCACUUUUCUUGGAUGGGGUGCUGCAGGCGCCGUUUCUGCCUAGUAGUACGCUGGCUACGUUGUGAUUCAUGGAGCAGGGAAGCAGCCUGGAAAAAGAGCCUUUAUUGCCACCUCCUCUACUAGGGGCUGCCAAGCGUCACCGGCUCUACUCGGGCAGGAACAGCGGAGACCUGGAGGAUGAUGGACACUGCUGCGUGUCCGCGGCCUCCUCGCCUCGUUCUCGCGGGCCUGUUAUUGAUGACCCUGACCUCUCCUUCAACCAAGCUGUAGUAUUCAUCGAAGAUGCAAUUCAGUAUCGUUCUAUAAAUCAUCGUGUGGACUCUAACUCCUUGUGGCUUUAUCGGUGGUAUUAUUCAGAAGUUUGUCAAUGGGUUUUGAUUCUCACCAUUACACUAAUUCUGGCUCUUGCUUUCAUUGAAGCACCUUCUUCAUUUACUGUCACAUCAGAUGUGCGGUAUCGCUCAGAAGCUUGGAAGCCUCCUUGUGGCCUGACUGAAAGCAUUGAAUUGCUUUGCUUCCUUGUCUUUAUGGUAGACGUCUCUGUGAAGAGCUACUUAAUUGGAUGGGAAGAAUUUCGGAAAACCAAGUGGUUAAUGGCCUACAUCCUGGUCCUGCUCAUCUCCCUUAUAGACUGGAGCAUUUCAUUGAGUUCUUCCUGUCAUGAAAACCUGAGGAUAAGACGUAUCCUUCGACCUUUCUUCCUUCUCCAGAAUUCUUCAAUGAUGAAAAAAACACUAAAAAGCAUCAAGAGAACAUUGCCAGAAAUUACAAGUGUUAUGCUGCUCUUAGCUGUUCACCUGUUUCUCUUUACCAUGUUUGGCAUGCUGCUGUUUGCUCGGACAAAAGAUGCCCAACAGGAUAAAGAGUGGCAAGGAUAUUUUCAUAAUUUGACAGAUUCAUUGACUUCAUUGCUGGUACUGUUGACAACUGCGAACAAUCCAGAUGUGAUGAUUCCUGCGUAUUCUAGGAAUCGAGCAUAUUGCAUCUUCUUUAUACUCUUCACUGUAAUAGGAAACUUAUUUUUGAUGAACUUGUUGACAGCAAUAAUAUACAAUCAGUUUCGGGGAUAUCUUUUGAAAUCGGUUCAGUCAUCGCUUUUCCGGAGACGCUUGGGAAUCCGGGCUGCCUUUGAAGUUCUUUGUUGUUUGAAAGAUACUGAGAUCAAUAAAAAUAUCUUGAGUGUCCAAUCUGAAGCUCUUCUUCAAGUCCUCAAGAAAGUGAAAAUGGAUUCCUAUUGCAAAGAAGGAAUAAUUAGGAAGCUUGAAUCUUGUCCGCCAGGAGGACUGUCGGCUAUUCAGUUUCAGACACUUUUUGAUGAACUUGACAAGCAUAAGGUUAAAGAGCGUCCUCCCAAACCAGAUUAUCAGUCACCCUUCUUACAACGAGUUCAGUUUAUCUUUGGUCACCACUAUUUUGGAUAUUUAGGAAACGUGGUAGCACUAGCAAAUAUUUCCUGUGUAUGCGGAAUCAUGGUAAUAGAUGCAGAUAAGCCACCUGCUCUGCGAGAUGACUUUUUUUUAGGGGUUACAAACUGUUUCUUUAUUUUGUACUAUCUUCUGGAAAUAUUGCUGAAAUUAGUGGCCUUAGGAAUAAAAAGAUAUUUAUCCUAUCCAAGCAACAUCUUUGAUGGACUUUUGACUUUGGUUCUGAUGGUUUUGGAGGUUUCCACAUUUGCUGUAUAUGGGUUUCCUCAUCCAGGCUGGAGACCUGAAAUGUUGGGCUUGCUGUCUCUAUGGGACAUGGUUCGUCUAGCAAAUAUGCUGAUUGUGUUCAGAUUUUUACGGAUCAUCCCAAACAUUACAUUCAUGUCUUUAGUUGCCAGUACACUGCUGGAUCUAGUGAAAAACAUAAGAACCUUUGCAGGAAUUUUGGUGGUGGCUUUCUAUGCAUUUGCAAUAAUUGGCAUGGAGCUAUUUGGAGGCACCAUCACUCCCAUGGGCAAUGUCAGUUUUGUAAAUACAACUGUCAAGUGUGGCACUUUUGAACAACUGGAGUAUUGGCCAAACAACUUUGAUGAUUUUGCUGCAGCAUUAGUGACUUUGUGGGAUGUGAUGGUUGUGAACAACUGGCAGGUUUUCUUGGAGGCAUAUUCCAGAUAUACAUCUCCCUGGUCAAAAUUGUACUUUGUCACCUGGUGGCUGACUUCCUCUGUCAUCUGGGUCAAUCUUUUUAUAGCCUUGCUUUUAGAGAAUUUUAUUCAUAAAUGGGAUCGUCGCUGCCAUAGGCCAUCUCUCUCAGAAGUCGAAUAUCAAAUGACGGUGGAACUCCUCUUCAGGGAUGUUUUAGAAGAACCAACGGAGGAAGAAUUGAUUGCAAGACUUCACCAGCAUCCACAUAUGCAUCUAUAUAGAUGACAUCUAGCUGGAAAUGGCCAUCCAGCCUCAUCAUCCCUGCAUGCAGGUUUUAGAGCUAAAGAGAACUCUUAAUUUCUUUCUAGAAAGUGCGCUAAAAUCUUGAUUUUAAUUUUGACCGUUGCCUACAAUAGACGGUCUUUAAAGGACACUUGGGUUCACUUUAAACAUAUUUUUAAAAUCCUAAUUUGACUUCCUUUUAAGUUGAUUUAUGGAAUAAAGAAUUAGGGGGUAUUAAAUGCUUUUAAGAAAGAGAAAUGGAUCAGUGAUACUGCACUUUAUAGUAAAUGUGGUGGAAGAUAAAUAAUCAAAUCCACUGGUCCGGUGUAGCGCUACAGAUAAUACAAAAUGCAAACCUUCUACAGAGGCAAACUUCCUUUUUUAGUAUUUGUUGUGUGACGCACCAGGGCAGUGCCUUAUUGUUUGCAAAAGUGUUUUAGUAAAUGUCUAAAUGUUUCAAAUACAGGAUAAAAGUUUAAAACCUAAAGUUAGGGAUUCAUAUAAAAAGUUGUUAUGUGUUCCACUGUGGCAAGCUAUUUUAGAAAGAAGAAGGAUACAAUUCUAGUUUUAAUAUCUGCCCAAAUCUUCAUAGCAACUUCAUGUGAAUAUCACUUCAGCCCUUGGUUGACUGCAGGGUGGAUUUGAUUUAAAUCAAGUCUAUUUCAAUCAUGAUUUCAAUCACUAAUAAAAAGGCUUGAUUUAAAU